AAUGUUUUCAAGUAAAGUCAAUUUGUACUUUAAUACUAAACAGUCAUGAAUGGAGACCGAAUUUGAUAAGGAAGACUAAAUUAGUUUAUUAGCGUUUGAUCUCAGCCUAAUUUAUUAAUUUCACUCUUAUUUGACAUCGAAAGCAGCUAACCGUUUUUCUAAACAUGGACGCAAAAAUCCUCUUAAUACUUGUCGUUAUUUUUGGUUUUACUUCAGCUUACCAGCCUAAACUCAACUCAGCUUUCAAUACCGUAUCAGAACAAUUUGUUGAAAGUUUCAACAAAAUAAGAAGGUCACUUUCUUCUGAAGAUCAAAAACAUCUUGGAAAAUUAAUUGAAAGUUUUCAAGAUUCAUAUUCUAAUUUGAAUGACUUGUUGUUAAAAUGGAAUGAUCGUGUGAUUGGUAAUACUGACCCUCAAAUAAAAAAAACAUACGAAUCAUUGAAGAAAGAUACAAGCCAUGUAUACAACAAAGCUAUUGAAAGUUUGUAUGACUUUAACAAACAAUUUGAAGAAAGAGCUGGACCAAGUUAUCAGUCAGGAAUCCAAAGUGUAGCCGACACAAUAGUUAAAUACAUAAAGCAAGCCGAGAGUAAUAUCAUUGACUCAAAUAUUCUCAAAAGAAAAAAUUAAAAAACUCAGUUAAACUCCCGGAUGAAUUCAAAAACAA